GUAAUAAAUCGAGAGGAAGGAGAAGAAAUCUCAUCAUUUUACUCUUUCUACUCCUUUACAAUCGGUACUCAUACAUCCUCCUCUUCUUUUCAUUGGGAAUGGAUCCGUUGAUGAAUCCAGAAGAGCCGGACGAUUCCGGAACGUAUCCGGCGUCCAUUCGGGCAGCUGUUAGUCGGGUGCUACGGGGUUAUGACUGGAGUGUCGUACCGGCCCCGGUAAAAAGUGGUUCAAAUGGAGUCGGAGGUGACCGGAGGAAACCGUAUGUGAAGAGACCUAUGAAUGCUUUUAUGGUUUGGGCUCAGGCAGCAAGACGGAAGUUAGCGGAUCAGUAUCCUCAUCUCCAUAACGCAGAGCUCAGCAAGACACUUGGAAAACUUUGGAGAUUGCUCAAUGAAGAUGACAAACGACCAUUUGUAGAAGAGGCAGAAAGAUUGAGAAUUAUUCACAAACGGGAACAUCCUGAUUACAAAUACCAACCAAGAAGGAAGAAAUCAUCCAAAUCUGGGAACGAAAAACCACAGCAGCCUGCUGGACAGGCAAACACUGCCAUAGUGUUUAGGUCAUUAAAGUAUAGUGAUUCUUCUGAUUCCAAUUCUAUGAAAAUGGAAAAUAUCUCAGGAGCUCCAUCAAGCCCACCAACCCCUCCCUGUAGUCCACCCCUGGAGGAACUGACUACGCUAAACAGGAGGCUGAAACUAGAUGGAAAUGCUUUUGAACAACAACCGAUAGAUUUCAGCUACGUAGAUGUUGGUCAGCUGACCAGAGAAGCCAUGGACAAUUUGGAUGAAUCUGAACUUGACCAAUACCUCCCACCAGUCAACCUUAGACAAUACACCGGACUAGUCCCACCUUUAAUUGAUGACUUUUUGGGCCCCUAUCCUGUAAAUACAGCAUCAUACGUUGGCGGUGGUAGCCUCAUGGACGAACAGUGGACAUGCUUCUAAGACUUUUUCAUUACUCAAAAUUUCGCCAAAAAUCUAUCAUCCAUACAGAACAUAUCAAAAUAUGUUUAGAACGUGAAAUUCAGAUAUCACGAAGAAAACAAUGAACAAAAAUUAUAACAAUGAAAUAAAAAAAUAACUUAUUUUUCAAUAGCCAGAUUUUAUAUAAAUGUUUAUUUUUUAAGGAAAAGAAGUUGCAUUUUUAAAGCUGAGUCAAAGAAAACUAAUAAUAUAGGCAGCUAAAUAUUAAAACAAAAUUUUUAAAAAAAGUAAUUAUUUGUUAGAUAAUUUAGUUAAUAAAAGCGGUUUUUACCAAUUCAAGUUGGAGGAUGUUAUAGAUUCAGGUUACAUACACCGCAAAAGCAACAUUUUUCUGUUUCUAAAACGCAACGUUUUACUUAAUUCUCAGCAUUCUGUCUAUUGCAAUGUCAGACUUUAUAAUGGUAAAUGAUAAGGUUAAAUAAAAUUUGAUUUCUGUUUUAAUAUAGAAUUAACUAAAACUGACUAAAUUACUUUUCGAUUACUUAAGUAUCUUCAAUUUUCGAGUUUUUCAUUAAAUUUUAAAAUUUAUGUUUUGAAGAAAAAAUAUAUUUUACAAACAAACUUUAUAGUAAAUUCCAUCAAAUUUAGAACACAACAUUCAGAUAAAUUUACAAUUUCCUCGCUUCUAAGCUUAUUAUAUUACUGCUAUCAUCGACUGUUGCAAUUAUCAUUAAGAGUAGUAGUUUUGUAGAUGACUUUACAAGACAGAUCUAUUUUCUAUUUGCAAUUUAUAUUCCACUUCCUUUUCUAAUUUUAAUCGGAAUUCUCUGUCUUUCUUUUCUUGUUUUAAUUUUAAAUCUACUUUAUUUAAAUUUGGCGUAAUCCUUUCGCCUAAUAAGACUUAUGAGGUUUGUCUUUUUUAUUUUUUAAGAAACAAAAACAAAUAUCCAAAAACGAUUAUGCAACACUAUAUCAAAACGAAACUCAAAAUAAGCGAUAUCAAUUAUUUUUCCAUAAACCCCAACUUACAAUAAAAUAUCUCAUUAUAUUUCCCUAAUUCAUACUAAGUAAAUUAGUAUGUUUACUAUCUUAUUUUUUUUAACAGUCAAAUAAACAAUAAUACUUUAAUUAUAGUAAAUCGAAAAUACAUACAAACAAAUUUAAAUGAAAUCGUAGAUGUAAUCGUAAUGUAUCUUUUAAUUAGUUAAGUUUAAACUUUACCAAUUACUAUUUAAUCAUCCUAUUAAUAGAAAAGGGAUCUGGUCAAAUUAAACUUACUAUGAGCAGGUUUUUAGUUAUUUUCUUUUAUUUAACAUGCAACAGAAUAAUACACAUACGUAACAACAGGACACUGUUGUAUUUGUUGUAGUUCAUUUACGUCGCACUAGAGCUGCACAAUGGGCUAUUGGCGACGUAACAACAUAGCACAAAACGCAACUAACUUUUCUAAUCUCUAACACAACACAAUCAAAUGUUUAAAAUAGAUCUGGCACGUAGCGCCAUCUAUAAAACUACCACUCUCCGUAUGAUAAUUGCAACCCCCAAAAGAUUGAAAAUACACAUGAAAAUACAAGUACAAUAAUAGGUGCUGAUUAUUUAGGGCAGCAAAAAUCUGAUGCAAGAUUUGAUCAUUUUAUAUGGUUAAAUUGUUUCUCUUUUUUUUCAAACUUGCACCAUUAUUAGACGUGUUUUCUUUUUGUUAUGUCUAAAUGACAGUUCUGAAUUAAACUCAAUUUUCACCAGUAGAGAUACUCGAGUUACUGCUAUCUCUUAAGAGGACACUGUAUACAACGGGAGAAACUUUUCGUGGAAAAUUCUGUUCUCUAUCAGUAUUUUAAAAUUUAAAGUUAAGAGAAAAGUGAGUUCAAUGUAAAUCUUAAGUAAACCACGAAAUUUUAAAUACUGGAAAAUUAUUUUGAAAGUAUCAAAAUGCAAACAAAUUAUUGCAGGAUAACUUUCUCAUUGUGUAAGUCAAGUUAUCCUGCCAUAAUCUGUUAGUAUCUAAGUUUAACCUGAACUUCUAUACUUUAAAUUACUUAUGUAUCCGGGAGCAGAAAUCCUCCAGCACGGCAGCAGGUGCUUGAAGAUUAUCAGAGUACCCGAAGAUAAAUUUAAAUCUCAGAAUUUAAAAAAAAAAUAUCACAGCACUUGAAGAUAAUUUCUCAUCUCAGAUUCAAAAAAAAAAAACCUAGAAAUUACAAAAAGGUAUUAUUUGUUUCAAGUCCUUUUACAAAACUUGUUUACCAAUCUGCAGAGAUACAAACAAACGAGAUUUUUAAAUUUUUCAAAUCAUUGACAGGAAUUUCGAAACAUAAAAAAUUUAGUUGACAAGGAAAAAAUUUAAAAAUCAAAUCUUAAUUGGUGGAAACUUCAGUUGCUUGUUUUUAGACUGUAUAGGAACUUAAUCUACUUUUUAACUUUCAUUUAUUCCAUUAAUGUAAAAGCGUACAAACAUUUUAUUUAAAAUAGGUUUUUCAACGACAUUUUUUUGUGUACAACUUUUUUCUGCCUUAUUUUGCUCUACACAGGCUUGAUUAAGCCUAAUGUUUACGAUAAUAGUCUCCAAUUAUGUUUUGGCAUACAAAUUUAAAAUCAUGAAGAUUGCACUGCAGAUUGGCUUGAUAAAUUCUGCUACUGGGCUUAAGAGAUUAAAAAGAAUUUGCCAUGAAGCAUCUCUCCAGUGGUUUAGCGUCCUCUUAAUUUUUUCAGACGAUUUUUUUUUUAAAAGAACUUUUUAGUUGAUAAAUAAAAAUAAUUAAUCAUAACUACUAAUGGAUAACUAAUAUCCGUUAAGAUCUGCAAGCAACAUGACAUAUGUAAUGAAUAGUCUGUGAAUGAUUUAUGUCCCAUGCUUAAAAGAAUCUAGAUUUUAAAGGUGGUGGGAAGAGAAAAAAAAAGAACUUAACGAGACAGUUUUUUCUUCUCACAUUUGAAUCAUGGAUUGAAUCCUUGGUGUGUGCCAAACAAUCUACGCAAUUUUUUCCAGAGAUUAUCAAGUGGUGUCUUAUAUCACGUGACAAUUCGAGACAGCUGUGCUGUGGGAAUGUUUGUUACGAUGUAGAAGAACACUGUUGCAGUGCGGUAGAAUGAAAAGAGAGGUUAUUUUGAUAUCUAUUUUGUUUACACGUUUUUUUUAUACCCUGUUUACAAAGUGUAGCAAAUAUUUUGUAUAUGUAUUGUUUACAAAGUGUAGCAAAUAUUUUGUACAUGCACUGUUUUAUUGUCGUUUUGUUUCUUAAAGCCUGGAGCUAUUUUGGAACAAUAAAAUUUGUAUAAAAUGAA